ACCUGAAACCUCACCAGUCAAGACCAAGUCGGUCAAAGUCACCGCGCCACAACAGAACAUUCCUUAUGGGAGGCCGCCUACCUUAGGUACCUGUAUUCACCCACAAACAACCUUACGAUUCGCGACCAACAUUCGAACAAUCAUUUGAUCAUGGUUGAUCCGCCGCUUUCCGUGGCCGAAAAGGCCAAUUUGAUCUUGCGAGUCCUCACUAUUGCCCCAUUGUAUCUCACCAAAAACGUGGUCCUUAAUCUGCCCGUGGCUCUCCUCCGCGGUGUAGUCCUCCGGGCAGCCCUCGUGGGAUGCGUCGCCCGCACCAUUUUCGAAGCCUUGCCUGGCCGGCAUAUCCAGACCAUUCUCCCGUCGGACGAUCAAGUGUACAGGUCCUGGAUCGCCAGCAAGCGGCGCACUUCCCCGCGCGGCCCGGAUGAUCUUCGUCUACGCGAAGACAUCGAACCGGUUCCCGGCACCGGCGCUCGUCUCCUAUGGCUAGGCAAUCGCCGCACGGCGACCAAGUUUGCCCUCUUCAUCCACGGCGGGGGCUUCGUCAUGCCCAUGAGCGACAGCAUGUUGGGGUGGACAUGGACAGCCUUUAUCGACGGUCGCGAUGGGGAAGCCAAAGCCGACGUCGCCAUCGCCGUGCUACAAUACACCCUUGCUCCGGCGGCGCGACAGCCCGAACAGCUCCGCGAGACGGUCGAGGCGCUGCGCUUCUUGUUGCGAGAAGGCGGGAUCGCGCCCGAGAACCUACUGAUCGGAGGGGACUCUGCGGGCGGGAACCUCACUGCGCAGGCGCUGCGCCAUGCGGUGGACCCGCACCCGCGCAUCCCGCCGCUCGGGGAUCUCCUGGGCGGCAACAACAGCGGUCGUCGCCUGGCGGGUGCGUUUCUCGUCUCGCCGCUCGUCACGCAGCGGGUCUCUGCGGGGUCGUACCGCGACAACCACCGCGUCGACAUGCUCUCCGGUCCCGUCGUGAAGGCCCUGUCUGAUGUUUUUGUCCAAAGGGACCCGGGGACCAGCGAGGACGAGCACGCCGUUGAUUUGGCCUUCGUGUCGCCCCUGGACGGAGACCUGGAGUGGCUCGGCAGAUGGGAGAACGUCGUCCAGGCGGUGUACGUCACGGCCGGGCGGCACGAGGUGUUCCACGACGAUAUCGUGGCUUUUGCGGGGGAGGUGUCGAGGCGGAACCCUGGGGUGGAGGUGCGGUUGGAUGUGGGGGAUAAUGCGAUUCAUGAUGAUAUUCUGUUGGAGCAGGCGGCCCCGGAGCCCAGGGUCGUGACGGAGAAGAUGCGGACGUGGGCGCGGAGUCGUGGGUUUUAGAGGUCGCUAUGUUUCCUCUUAGUCUCUGGAAGAGUCUCUGAAAGACUGAACCGUUGAAUUUACGCCAAGGGGCCCUACGAGUAUAGAUAAUCCGACGUGACUGAGGUAUUGGACAGAAUUAGGCCGUGGAGGAAGCAGUUUAUUAAAAACUUACACUGGGGAUGAGGAGACAAAAGUCAGAAAACAAACAAAAUGCCGGUUCUCGCCAGGUGGUAGGUACCAAGACAAAGGGGCUUCUAAUAUAUGCGCCAUGUGUGAUGGACAUGUCCGUGAUUAGCUAGCUCGGGGAAAGCCGUUACAGCGCAUGUCGCAUAAUCGUGUAGCAAAUCGGGCCCCGG